ACACCAGUGCUUCGUUGGAGGCUGCAGCGAUCGCGCACAGGUGCAUAAUAAGUAUAUUGUAAUAAAACGCGCAAUUCUAGGCGAACUAUAACAAAUUGUCGACCAUGAGCCCGAGGCUUCGUCGCUUCUCGACGGCGUGGAUGCUGCUGCUGAUGCUCUGCGCGAGUUGCUGCCUCGCUAAUCCCACCGGUGGAUCGAUCGACACGAACGAGUUCGGCAGCGGCAAGUCGAGCGCGCCGCAGCAGCAGGAGCGCAAAGACGUGCGCAUAAUCGGGCGGGCCGAGUGGGGCGCCCUGGAGCCGACCGAUCAUCAUCGGCAUCAGUCCGAGACGAGCCGACCGCGUCCGCUCAAGGUCCAGCCGGCGCCGUAUGCCGUGAUCGGCCACACGGCCACCCAGUCCUGCUACAACGAGGCCAAGUGCCAGGCGAGCUGCCGCCUCAUCCAGACGUUCCACAUCGAGGCCAAGGGCUGGCUCGACGUGGGCUACAACUUCCUCGUGGGCGGCGACGGCAACGUGUACGAGGGCCGCGGCUGGGACCAGGCGGGCGCCCACACGCACAACUACAACAAUCGCAGCCUCGGCCUGGCCCUCGUGGGCGACUUCACCUUCAAGACGCCGCCACUGGAGCAGCUCGAGGCCACCCUCGGACUGCUCGAGCUCGCCGUGGCCAAGGACAAGCUCGCACGCGACUACAAGCUGCUCGGCCAGCGACAGGUGGCGCACACCUCCAGCCCGGGCGACAAGCUCUUCAACGUGAUCAGGACCUGGGAGCACUGGUCCGAGAGUCCCUAGACGAAUUCGACCUACGGAUGCUUAGCAAAAAGUUAUUGUUAUUAUUAAAAAAAUUGAAAGCUAGAGCUCGAUAGUUGUGAUUGCGGUGCUUGCGUGACUGAUAAAGAUUACGAAUAUCGUUAUAUCAUGUACUAUAUUUACGUAGCGUCGUUUUAGUCCCUCGUUAUAAUCUCUCCAUGUACAUAUAAUAACUCAUAGUUAAAAGGUACUAUACAUUAAUCAUAAUAUAUAAUACAAAGAACGAAAUAAAAGGCCACUUUCGAAAGAUAA